AUGGCACUGCGGCGUAAUCGCACGGUCGCCGAGGUCAGCGCGCUCAAGGCCCACUUUGAAGAGCCGUUCACGCCGCCGCACGACAAGUCCAAGCCAACGCCCACAGCGCGAGCGCUCUGCAAACACUGCGGCGCGUCGGUCUCGUACUCGACGACACGGCUCACGUCGCACCUGGGCUGCUGCACCGCCUACGAGCGCCGCUCAUCGCCUAGCGACGACAGCAUGGCAGCGCCAGAGGCGAGCGCCGCCAGUGGCGUUGUCAACGAACAUG